AUGGGCCUCAUUACCGUAGUAGUCCUUAUAGGACAUCUGCUCUUUCCAGCCGCGAAAGCAGUUAAACUUUGGACUGCACCAGCUGCUAUUCCUACGAAUGUACCGGCAGCGUGCCGUGCGGCGCUAGUACAGAAUAUCACAUGUAACUAUGGUAAGAAUAAUCUCGUCACAGCUGCGCAGGCGGCCAGUGGACUGGCACUCAUCAGCAGCGAGGCCGGCACGUAUUGCACAACGAGCUGUUAUGAGUCUUUGAAGACGUUCCAGGCCAACGUAGAUGCCAAGUGUGGCAGUACGCAGUACGCGCUGUAUGUGAACAGUAGUUAUACUCAGUCGGCUGCAGCUCUCGCCGACGGUUUGAGCUGGGCAUAUAAUCUAACCUGUAUUAAAGAUGCAUCAGGCUUUUGUCUUUGGGACCUGUACGCUGGAAACGAAACGGCAUGUUCUGAUUGUGCUCUCAAGUACGGAGCCGCAAUGCUAAGCUCAGAUUAUGGGAGAGCGAAGCUGAGUCCGGGCAAGUUUUCUUCCACACUCUCGUCCUGCAGUGCAGAUCCGAAAAGUUAUACCUACACGUAUUCCUCGACAGCAACAUUAACAGCAAAUGAAACCACAACGACGGCAGCAUCAACUCCGACCUGCACCGGGAAAACAUACACCGUGCAGUCUUCUGAUACGUGCCAGUCUGUUUCUAAGGGGAAUGGAGUAGGCACUGAUCUCAUGAUCAAUCGCAACCAUUUGGACUAUAACUGCAGCGUGCUUUCGACGGGUAUGUCCCUGUGCUUACAGGACACCUGCACUAUUUACACUCUGGAGGGCAAUGAGACUUGCGAUGGAAUACUAAAGGGUAAAUCGUUCACAACUAUCCAGCUGGUCUCCUGGAACCCCACAAUUCAUACCAAUUGUGACAAUCUUGCGUCUAUGAAAGGACGCAGCAUCUGUCUCUCACCACCAGGAGGUGGGACGUUCGAGUAUAAUUCCUCCGUUAGUCAUGCGCCUCUUCCAACACUUAAUUCGUCCUUCAUCACCAACUGGGUUCCCGCUACAGGUAUGAUUCCGACCACCAACUUUACCACAUCGUGGUAUUCAUCGGUAUUCAACUCGACUGCCAAAGCCUCCAUAACAAGUACUGCCUCUAAUAAUGAGACACUUGCAUCUGAGUUAGCCCAGCAGACGAAGUACUGCUGGCUCACCGACGAUGAUCUCGAAUCCCUUGACGAAGAGGAAUAUACCGAGGGUUGUCAGAGCCUGAUGGACGAGUAUUGCUUCCCAACACCCGGCGCUCCAGUGCCCCCUUCGCCCAGCCGCAUUCCUUCUCAGUGUACACCGAACCGUAGCACAUACAUGACGGGGACGCCGACUAGCAGCAGCGCGCCCAGCGCCACACCGACACCAUACCAGGCCGGUAUGAUUGCUGGCUGCAAGCAGUUCUAUAAAGUCCUGAGCGGGGAUACCUGCCAGAAGAUUGCCGAUACCUUUUCGAUUACCUUAACCCAGUUUCGCGGAUGGAAUCCUGCUGUAGGUGAUAGCUGUGAAUCGCUAUUCCUUGGCUAUUAUGUUUGUGUUCGCGCCUAA